AUGAUCAGAACUGAAUUGUCUAUUGGCGUUCUUCUGCUACGAGUAAUCGAUUCUGCGUUGUUGACCGACAUGGAAUUUCGGAGUUUUGCACCGAAAAUGCCGAGUUUGGGGCCAACCAUACGGAGUUUCGGUCUCAGGGCUCCGACACCUUUCCUCUUCACUCGUCACUAUAAUCAGCUUCUUGUCAAAUACUUUAUUCGUCAUGAACAGAGUACAGAAAAGAUCUACCGGCGACCUCGGUUACAAGACCGCUGCUCGAUCCUGCAUAGACUGUCAUCGGCGCAAGCGAGCAUUGCCUGUGUCUACCCCAAGAAAGAGCAUGAGCCAAAGACUAUCACAUUGCAAAAUAUCUCUGAUCGUCUUGAACGGCUGGAAUCUGCUCUUUCUGGCUCAUGUCGGAUUGAUACCUCUGCUGUUGCCAGUGACCCCGAUAGCCAGCUUCAGCAUGGGACAGAUUCUCCACCGAAACGAAGAGACAGCAAGACAUGGGAGCUACUCCUCAACGAUGGGAAUGUUGUUCAAUAUGUGAACAACUCAAAUAUCAAAGACCUUCUUCAAGACGUGAGUCAAGACCGGCCUCUCCUGGAAAAAUCGACUGAAAGAUCACAGGAAGAACGUAUUCAAGCCAAAUCAGGUUCAAAUAUUGCAACUACAUCUCCUCAACUACUCACAAUCACAAGUUCCCAAUCAUCACCAGCCCAGUCAGGACCCUCUUUAGGCGUGCCCUCCGACAUCCUACAAUGGUAUCCCGACACGCAGUUAGCCCUUCAGCUAUGGGCUGUAUAUGUGAAGUCUGUGGAUCCGGUUCUGAAGGUUCUGCAUAUACCAACCACCCAGUCCGCCAUAAUAUCUACAAUUCUUGACCCCAAAUCCGCAAGACCAUCAAUGAUCGCGUUGACAUUUGCUAUCUACUAUGCUGCAGUCACAGCCUCGAUGCACGACAACGAAAAUACUAGAAUCCCAUUAGAUCAACCAGUACUUCUAGAGCGCUGCAAGACCACUUUGGAUAAACUUCUCUUGAGCCCAGAGGCCAUGAGCAAACCAGAGAUGGCGCUCUUACAAGCUCUAGCAAUCUACGUGACAUGCCUACGGGUCCAUGAAACCGGUCGAAGUGUAUGGAUUCUAAAUGGACACGCAAUCAGAUUAGCCCAGUCAAUUGGGCUACACCGAGACGGCGCCUGUCUCCGUCUAAGCCCAUUCGACACAGAGAUGCGUCUUCGCCUAUGGUGGCAUCUAUGCGUGCUCGACUCCCGAGCCCCCGAAGACCAAGGCUUCGAACUGACCCUUGACGUGCUCCACCGCGGAUUACGGACCCCCCUCAAUAUAAACGACGAUCAAUUAUUCCCCAGCAUGACGCAGCUCCCCCCGACUCGACUACUACACCCGGUUUUAGGGACCCGGGAACAGAGCUCUAGCCAUGCUCUUCCUGACAUCAUGGCAAAACGAAAAAUGAUCCAAGAAAGGAUCAAAUUCUUGUCUUCCAAGCAUGGGACUAAUUCAUCCACGGCCGGUCACCUGUCGCGCAUUGCAAUGCAACAUCUCGCAACGGCCUGCACGAAAAUGGAAUUCAUGCUCCAACUUCGGGAAGAGAUCGGCAUGCAAAUGCAAAACGGCGUUCAGGAAAAUGAAUCUAAAGCAGACAAUCUCAAGCUUUCAUUCAAGCUGGCAUGCGAUGGAAUGGAAAGCAAUUAUAUUUUGUUGGAUAACGAAUUCUCUCUAGGAUUCAAAUGGCUUUUCACGACGUAUACCCCGUGGUACGCUCUUGCCUAUGUCCUACGCUGCCUCUGCAACAAUCCAUGUGGAGUAAACACAAAGCGGGCAUGGUAUUUAGUUGAGGGUGUUCUUCCACAUGAAUUAAGCCGGUGUGAUUUCUCGGCAGAGACACGGGACGAGACUGGACAUGGUAGUAUCUGGAGAUUUCUUACUUUGUUGCGACAGCAAGCUUUGCUAUCGAGGGAUUUUCGGCGAGUAAGAGUCGACGAUGACUCAAUUGUUGGUGGUAAGGUGUCUCUAGCGGCUGGACGUGAGGGGAAUCAAGAGGUUGAGCUAUUGUCAACACAAACGGCAACAAAUGAAUCGUCUGUUCUUGAAUAUGGAAUCAACGAGCAGGAUCUAACUGCUGAUUCAAAUCAAAGCAUCUUCUCCUCUUGGGAAUUUUCGGAAUCGGGGAUCCCGUUCUUGCCGGAAUGGAAUGCUGUGAUCAAUGGGUCUUUGGUUGGAGACGAUGUAUCGGACUUUUUCUAA